GUGAAAACCCGAAAAGUCGUUCAACAUGAGUGUUACCGCUUCGAGCGCAAAGUCGAUCGUGUCCACGCCAUUUUCCAUAAAUGACAUUCUCACCAGAAGUCGACGCAGUGAACGGCGCAGUUCCGGGGAAUCGUCGGGAAAUGAGGAAGACUUGGCCCGGGCGUUCUACCAUCGCCAAUCGAGUCACCAUCAUCAUCAUCAUCAUCUGCACUAUCAUCAUCGGCACCGUGGUGUCGCCGAGAUCUCGGAAACUUCUCCACGCCGGCCAGAAGAUGCGUUCUAUGGACAGUUGAGACAGUUGGGUUGCAACAACAACAACAACAACAACAACAGCACAGAGAACGGCCAAAAGGUCGCCACACACGCUGUAGUUCGAUUCCAACCGAAUGGCCUUCCGCCAGCGUUACGCCGUGGUUCCUUGGAUUGUUUCAUGGUUUCCUCCGAAACCGCAUCCUCACGGACCGAUGAUGAUGCUCCAUCGAUGGCGCAAGGUUGCUCACCGUUGGCGAGUGAUUUAUGUGAACUCGAAGGUGCUGGCCGUACGGGUGGCUCGGGUGGUGCCCCGGCCACUUGCUACCGUCUACCGAAGAUCCGCAACGACAGCCCCAUCGAUAUGCGUCGCUCGACGGAGCAUGAUUCAGACUGUGACUCACCGUCACCGUACUCCGGUGCUCUAACAACGGUACACCACGGUGCUGGUCCCUCGAUGCUGGCCGGUGAUGAAAUGCCUUCGACGAGGAAAAAGCGCUCACGGGCUGCUUUCAGCCACGCACAGGUGUUCGAACUGGAACGUCGAUUCGCUCAACAGCGUUACCUCUCGGGACCGGAACGCUCCGAGUUGGCCAAAAACCUGCGACUCACCGAGACGCAGGUCAAGAUCUGGUUCCAGAAUCGUCGAUACAAAACGAAACGGAAGCAGAUCCAACAGCAUGAGGCCGCCCUGCUAAGUGCAACGAAACGUGUUCCCGUGCAAGUGCUGGUCAGGGAGGAUGGUUCUUACGGGCCGAUGCUAGGAACUGGCCAACCUCACUACGCUACCGGGCUGGAUCCUGCUCUGCUCAACGUCUAUCGGCACCAGAUACAGAUGGCGUACGGAAUGCCCGGAAUUCCUCCGAUGCCUUUCUCCUACUUCUACCCCUCGAAGAUUUCGACAGUUCCAAGCGGUCCGUUAGCUCCCUCCGUUACACCAUCCUCGUCAUCGUCAGUUUCAUCCGCGGCGUCGACUACGCUGGCCACAUGCAAAAGCACCGCCCCGCAGCAUCCAUACUUAGUGGCCGCCGCUGGUAUCGGUGUGCCGGGACCACUCAACUUCUCCACUCGGAACGAUGGCGAUCUAGAGAACGGAACCGCAGGCAGACAACGAUCGCGAUCCCCUUCCGAGCACUCGGGGCCCGGUUCGGACCAUGGAUACCGCCGACGGGCGGAUACGGAACGCAGCGGUCCCUGCAGUGUUCACUCUUCCAGUGGCGAGGGAGAGGACGAGGACGAAUGUGAAAAUGUGGAAAUCGAUUAA